AUGUCUCGCGAGCGGCACCCCCGCACCGACAUCCCCCGCAACCUGAGCUUCAUUGCCUCGCUGACAGAGCGCGCCUACUACUUCAGUCAGCGGCCCAGCCUCGAGGAGGAGCCAGAGGAGGAGCCAGGCGAGGGAGGGACGCGUCUCGGGGCCCGACCCCGAGCUCCAGGUCCGAGUCGGGGGCGCCGGGCUCGUUCUGCGCCCGCCGGAGGCAGCGGGAUCCGGGCGCUCCGCAACCACAGCCCUGAUACCCGUAAGAGAGUGCGUUUCGCUGACGCGCUGGGGCUGGAACUGGCAGCCGUGCGCCGCUUCCGCCCGGGAGAGCUGCCCCGGGUGCCCCGCCACGUGCAAGUCCAGCUGCAGAGGGACGCCCUCCGCCACUUCGCGCCGUGCCAGCCCCGCUCCCGAGGCCUCCAGGAGGCGCGCGCCGCCCUGGAGCCGGCCAGCGAGCCCGGCUUCGCCGCCCGCUUGCAGGCUCAGCGCAUCUGCCUGGAACGCGUCGAGGCGGGCCCGCUGGGCGUGGCCGGGAGCGCGCGCGUGCUGGACCUGGCCUACGAGAAGCGCGUGAGCGUGCGCUGGAGUGCCGACGGCUGGCGGAGCCAACGAGAGGCGCCCGCCGCCUACGCCGGCCCGGCUCCGCACCCGCCUCGCGCCGACCGCUUCUCCUUCCGCCUGCCGGCGCCACCCAUUGGAGGCGCCCUGCUCUUCGCCCUGCGCUACCGCGUGACGGGCCGCGAGUUCUGGGACAACAACGGCGGCCGUGACUAUGCUCUGCGUGGGCCGGAGCACCCGGGCAGUGGCGGAAACCCGGAGCCCCAGGGCUGGAUCCACUUCAUCUGAGACGCAGGCGGCCGACGGCGGAAAAAAAUCAAAGGCACCGGAAGGGCUGGGAGAUCCCAAACAUUUGCCUGAGAGGAAUGGGAGAAACCGGGACUGGCGGGGAGCUGUCCUAAGGAGUCAAGUCAGGGAGGGCGAGGAGAAUUGGAGAAACCAAAGGGGUGUGAAGAGUGUGUGGACUUAAAGAAAGCCGAAGAGACUGGGGUGGGUGUGAGUGGAUGAACCCACGUCAUAGAAAAGGGAGACGGAAGGGGUGCUGGAAUAUUAGAAAAGAAGCAAAAGGACGAUGGUGACAUUCUCUUCCGUGAGUGGGUACCGGGAGAAAGUGAGUAGGUGGGUCAGGCUUAGGUAGUCAAAGGUUGAGGACACCUCUUUGGUACUCAGGAGGUAUUUUAUGUGAACUAGAAACACACCGCAGUUGAAAUCAUUUAGAUUGCUGGUUCACUCCCUCUUACUGGUCUUUGCCACCCCAGGUCCCACAGGGGACCUGGCUGUCCUAGCUUUAACUCAGCUAUAAUUACCUUGCUUAAGUCCCAGGAAUUUGGCCAUUGCUCCCCAGCCCCCGGCAUUAUGACAGGAUUCCCUUGUCACCCCUGCAGUCCCUGGUUUCAGUCUUUGCCGACUGGCUGGGGAGUGAUGGCAGGUAACAGUCGGAGCUCCUUCCUCCAGGCAGCCCUGGGGAUGAAAAUGAAAGCAAAACCAACUCCAGGCCUUGUAGCUAAAUAAUGUGGUGCCUAAGGGGUGAGUGCAAUCAGGAGCUUCCAGAAAAAUGCCAGCCUUACCUUUCUGGGUGCCUUCUAAUGACCUCUAAGCACUUUAUGGACUGUCUUUGUCAAGGGACAACACGGGGUUCUUUCUGCCUCAGAAGAAAAGGGAAUCACUGACUAGCUGGAUAACUUUGGGCAAGUUACUUCACCUCUCUGGGCCCCAGUUUCCUCCUUGAGAAACUGCAUUUGGAUUAGUUGAUCUCUUAGGCCCCUUCUUGCUCUGACAUUGUAUGAUCUGUGAGGGGAAGAGUGUGGAUUAGAAGCCACAUUCUCCAGCCUGCAGUUGGAGUGCUUACAGUUCAGAACACACAGUACCCCAAGCAUCUGGUUGGGCCUGAGAAUGGUCCUCCAGUUUUUGACACAUGUUCCAGAGCCCAGGAAACAUCCCAUAGCCAGCUUACAGUCUCAGGAUAUUCCAGGGCCUCUUUCACCCCCUUGCUUUUUGCUCUUGCCCCACAGACUUCCAGCCUGGGUGCUAUGAGACAGCUUGUGGGAGGUGCCUCUCGGGGAAAAUGAUGCUUGGGAGCCCCUAAGAUGAAACAGUGUUGGGGACUUUCUUGAGGUUAAAGGAUUAUUGGUAUGAGAAAUGGAAAACUUUUCAAAUAAAGAAGCAGAGCAGCUUGAAAAUUAAAUGGUGCCAGAAGAUAGCAGUCUGUUCAUACCCUGAGCAAGUGAAUGGGAAAGCUGGACUCCUACCCAUUCACAUUCAUGCUUUAUGUCUCCUGGUUAACCUCUGCUGGGUGUUUUGUUUUUCCUCUCCUUUCACCCUGUUUCUUUCUUUCUUUUUUUUUUUUCCACCCUGUUUCUAAGUUCUUCUCUUUCCUUCUGCCCCUCUCACCAUUUUCAUUUUCUUUUAGCAUGUAGGGUAUUUACCUUCAUUUCCUCUCCAUCUGCCUCCCUCUUCAUCCUUGUUGAUCUCUGCUAUUCCUUCUCCCUCCAGAAGAGGUUCCUUUUCUCCAAGGCCAUGGUUGGUCCACUUUGCUCUCUCAGGCUCCUUCUUGACAGUCUUCUAGAAGGGAGAAGAAGCAGUUCCUGAUGCUGCAGAUGAACAUGGAGCUCCCAGGUAACCAGCUCCCCAAACCCAUUUCUUUCUGUUACUGAUUUCUCAAAAAUUUUUGGAUUCCCCUUUUACCACUCAGUGAGAGAAGGUAGACGCAUACAUGCAUUCAGAAUAGAGUAUAGGGCUUGUUUAUCGUGCCCCUCCUCUCCAAAACCCUAAUUCUUUAAAGAAAAAAAAGGUUAAAAGAGAAACCCCAAGUCACUCUAAUGCCCAUUUAAAUGUUAUCCUUAUCUGAUAACAAAGAAUUUCCUGUAUCUUGUGGAUCACCUUCAGGUCAGAGUCCCAGCAGAGUGAGGAGAGAAAGUGUACUGGAAGCCACCAAGCAAUGCACUUUUUAGUCACCAAUGAAGAGCCCAGGGGAGGAUAAUGGAGUGGGAGACGGGGUCAAGGCUCAAUGUGUAAUCUCUUGCUUAAUGUGUAUGCAUGACUGUUAUCUUGUAUUUAGCAAUCUCAAGAGCCCACAUUUACUUAUCUAUCCACUAAAAUCUGGUGCCUUGCAUGCAUUAUAAUCCUGAAAACAACCCUAUGAAUUGAGUAAUGUUAUUCUUGUUUUAGAGAGAAAACAGUUCAGAAAAGCUCAGUAAUUUAUUCAAGAUCACACAACUAGUAAAUGGCAGAGCUAGGGUUGUGAAUGCAGGAGAUCUCCAGAGCCUCUGUGUAUAAGCAUGAUGUCAUAAUAUUUUCCUUUAAAAACAAAAUUAAAACCUUGCCUUUAAAAAAAAAACAAAAAACAGAAACCCUUGCCACAUCUCGUACUAGGAAAAGACGAGUUUCUAAUUGUGCUCUGCCUUCCCAGCCUUCCUAACUGGCUUGGGAAAGGCAAAGCACUGAGGGUCCCAGGCUUCGUCUGCUCCUUCCAGAAGCUUGCUGCUGCUUUCUGUGACCCUGUCCCAGCUCUGGAUCAGCAAGGAACCACUUCACCUGCCUGCUGGAGAAUUUAGGAACCCAUGUGAACUCCAGCCUUCACAUACAGUGGGAUUCUCUUCUGGCCCUAGGUAGUUUUAGUCCACACCUGUUGGCGUGCUGUACGCCUUCCUACCCUACCCCCCACCCCCCUACUAGCCUUGAACCGCCCAGUUGCCUAAAAUUUGCACUGGAAGGAUUCAUGAAUAGGCUAAUUGCUGGAUGGUCUGCUGGAUGGUCGGGCUCUGGAGCCCGAGUAAUACUAAGGGGAUAAAUGCAAAUGAAUUUGGGGCCAGGGAACCAAGGAGAAUUCAUUGUUCUUGGGCUUCAUCCCUUGAGAAUUACCAUUGCUCACCCAUUCCUGUUCUCAACUUUUCAGAGCCAAGACAUGAGUCCUGUGGUUUUUCCAUACAGAGUUGCCCCAGGGUAGUGGUGGGAAGGUGGUAAGCUGCUAGUCAAAUCUGACAUGAGAAACACUUGGAAUUUGGCAGAAUCUUUAGAGGUGUGUCAUGUGUUAAGCACAGGACUUCCUGACCAAACAGGAACAGUUCAGGGUAUAACCUGUCAGUCGUGGACUGGGAAGUGCCAUAUGAGAAACCAGUACCAUGGUCAUGGGCUGGGUCCUUGAAGCAACACAGCAGGAACACUUUUGCCCUUUCCUCUCAUCCAGACCUCAGAUGUCCUUCCUACAUACUCUUCCUGUUCCUUUGUUUUCCUUUAUGAAUGUAGCUCAUCAUUUCUCUUCUUAAUAAGCCCUAACUCAGCUUUCCAAUCUCAUCCUACACUCCCUUUCUUCUAACUCCUGUGUUUUUCUGGAGCUCCUCUGGAUCUUGGCAAUCCAUAGAUCACAGAAUUCAGAGACCUGAAAAGGCUUGUCUUUGGAGAUCUAUAUUCCUCUAGAGAUGAGGACACAGGUCCAGAGAUUAGAAGGGACCCCAGCAGGGUCAGAGAAUUUGUUAGUACAACUGCAGAUGGGACUUAAAUCCAAGCCUCCUGACCUCAUCAUAUUCCCAGGCUACCAAAGAGUCCUGUCUCCACAGGAACAGACCCAUGAUUUUUCUUGGCAAGGGAUACAUCAGAAGUGUUUCAUUUUCUGCUUCUAGUUUCCAUUCCCUACUGCAUUCAGGCAGAAAGAGAAACAAAAGGGACUAGUAUGUCUUAGCCUUGGCACUUGCUUCAGUGAUGUUGCUGAAGAACAGUGAAGUUGCUAAAACAAACAACUGAAUAAUCUACCCAUUGAAUAGCUAACCUAGAGAGGAAAUAAAAGUGUGUUCUGUGAAUCCCCCCAAACCACUGUUCUCAUCAGACCCUCCCUGAACCUCCUCACCCCCUUCACAGUGCAGCUUGGUUCUCUGGACCCCAUACCUGCUGGUAUUGUGCCUCAUUUCAGCUUCCUCAUGCAACUGCCUUCCCUUUUGGAUAGAAGACCUCAUCUUUGAAAUAAAUUUGAAAUUUGAAAA